AAAGCAACCCCUUUUUAUUUAUUUAUUUAUUUAAAUAAAUUUAAUUUUAGUUUUAAAAUGGCAAAAAAUACAAAGAAAGGAAAAUUGAAGAAUUGGUGUUGUUGUUGUCGUCGUCGUCGUCUGUGGCGUGGAAGCAGACGGCGUAUCUUCAUCUGAGUAAUAAACAAACCCAUAUCAUUCUCAUUCCACGAUCUUCAAAUUUUCAUCUUUCUUUUCUUUCUCAUCCAUGGAGGUUCAAAGUUGGGAUUCCCUUCGCAAACAGGCAAGAAAACUUGAAGCUCAGUUGGAUGAGCAAAUGGUUUUAUAUCGUAAAUUGGUUUCAACAAAAGUCUCUAAAAAUGGUGAUGCAACAGAGAGUGAUUUGGAGUCUUGGAUUGAGGGAUUACUUAACCAGCUCAAACAAGUAAAUUCACAGAUGCAAGCUUGGGUGUCCUCUGGUGGGUCAGAAAUGGUUUCUCAUACUCUGAAUAGACACCAAGAAAUUUUCCAAGAUCUCACCCAGGAGUUUUAUCGUCUCCGGUCUAGUCUUAAAGCUAAACAAGAACAUGCUUCACUACUUGAUGAUUUUAAAGAGUUCGAUCGAACAAGAUUAGAUUUGGAAGAGGGUGGAGGUUCUGAACAGCAAAACCUCCUUAAAGAACGUGCAUCUAUCAGCCGAAGUACAGGACAGAUGGACACUGUUAUUUCACAAGCACAAGCAACACUCGGAGCACUAGUCUUCCAGCGUUCAACUUUUGGUGGGAUCAAUUCAAAGCUCAGCAACGUGAGCAGUCGCCUCCCAACGGUAAAUACUAUUCUGUCAGCAAUAAAGCGGAAAAAGUCGAUGGAUACAAUUAUACUUUCCCUUGUUGGGUCCGUAUGCAUUUUUCUUAUUUUCAUCUACUGGCUAACCAAGUAAAAAGUUGAUGUUUACCGUGUUCGUAGCUUGGCUUUAUUCUAUUGUAUAAUUGUCUAUUAUGUUUGAUUGACGGUGGCCCUUCAUGUGAGGCAAAGCCUAGUAAAGGUGAAUAUGUGAAAUGUAUUUUUUUGACAUCAAUGUAUAAAAUUAUAUGCGUUCCAAUUCGUAGUUCGGAUAAUAAGAGGCGUAUAAGAUGAAAUAAACAUGUGCAAAUACUGGUUUGCCAUACUUGUUUAA